AUGUCCAACUUUGUCAAGACUGGCCGAAAAAUCGUCGCCAUUGGUCGCAACUAUGCCGACCACGCCAAGGAGCUCGGUAACGCUGUUCCCAAGGAACCAUUCUUCUUCUUGAAGCCCACUUCUUCAUACCUCGUCGCCGGCUCCGGUCCGGUCGAGAUUCCUCACAAUGUCAAGAUGCACCACGAAGUCGAGCUCGGUGUGGUGAUUGGCAAAGACGGGCGUGAUAUCCCCGCCUCUGCCGCUCUCGACCAUAUCGCUGGUUACACUCUUGCGCUCGAUAUGACUGCUCGUAACAUUCAAGACAAGGUCAAGAGUAAAGGUCUGCCAUGGUCUACCGCCAAGGGCUUUGACACUUUCACCCCCGUCGGCCCCUUUAUCCCGAAACAUUUCCUCCCCGAUCUGGCCCAAGUCGGCCUCCACUUUACAGUCAACGGCACUGUCAAGCAGUCCGGCAUCACCGCCGACAUGAUUUUCGACAUUCCCCACCUCAUUUCUUUCGUCUCGUCCAUCAUGCGUCUUGAAGAAGGCGAUCUGCUCUUGACGGGUACGCCAAAGGGUGUGGGGCAGAUUGUGGGAGGGGAAAAGUUUGCGGCCAAGUUGACCUAUCCCGGAGUGGAUGGGGAGGUGAUUAGUGAGUACGAGGGGCAGGCUGUGGAUCGGGUUGGAGGGUAUAAAUUUGAAGAAUAA